GCGUACGAGUGACAUAACAUUCAUACAUAACCUUCAAUGUGACAAUUUACUAAUUUAGUUUUAUAGUCAUUUUCACAAAUUAAUAAACAAAUUUAAAAAGUUUAUUCUGUUUAUUGUUCAAAACUAAGAACACAACAUGGAUAAAAUGGAGGAUGUUAACAAUAAGGACCAUAAGGGUCCUCAUAGCCACACUGGAAUUAGUCCAGCUAUGGGUAUUAUGGGUCGAAUGGCAGAUGAAAGAGAAAGAUGUAUUGGAAUGACACCCGAGGAACGUGCAUGGCGUGCACAAUGGUUAAAAGAUCAAAUUCUUGAACCUGAUGAGCCAAAAAUGCCCGUAGGUUAUUACCAGGCUCGAUACAAUCCAAUCAGAAGAUUUUAUCGAUUUCCAAUGGAUAAAGUCGAGAGAUUUCUCACACCAAAAAUUGGUCUUGAGUAUGCAGAAACAGUUCGUCAUUGUACCGCAAAAGUAGCACUUGGUAUUGCCAUUUGUUAUUUUGGAUAUUAUUACUUUAAAUAUAAUUCAGCGACUUGGGAACAUAAAUAUGGUUGGCAUAUUAAACAAUCGAGGCCAACAUUAAUUCCUGGUCGUGAAGGAUGGCCCAAUCAUGAGGAUAGACCUUAUGCGAAUCAAUAUUGGGAUCAAGGUUUCAAAGAUGCACCUAUAUAAAUUAUUUGCAUUUGUUUCCAUUGUUUUAGUUAUUCAUAAAAUAAAAUGUAUAUUCAAUGAAAA